CCGAGGCGGCUGAGGCGGCGGCCCCCGGCGGCCCCGGCUCCGCGCACGCGCCCGCACCCUCCCGGUGCUGACAGCGCGAGCGCGCAGACCCGCGGGAGCAGCACGAAUGUAUGACAACAUGUCCACAAUGGUGUACAUGAAGGAAGACAAGUUGGAGAAGCUCACGCAGGAUGAAAUUAUUUCCAAGACAAAGCAAGUAAUCCAGGGGCUGGAAGCUCUGAAGAAUGAGCAUAAUUCCAUUUUGCAGAGUUUACUGGAGACACUGAAGUGUUUGAAGAAAGAUGAUGAAAGUAAUCUGGUGGAGGAGAAAUCAAACAUGAUCCGAAAGUCCCUGGAGAUGCUGGAGCUUGGCCUGAGUGAGGCUCAGGUCAUGAUGGCGCUGUCAAACCACCUGAACGCCGUGGAGUCGGAGAAGCAGAAGCUGCGUGCGCAGGUCCGGCGUCUGUGCCAGGAGAACCAGUGGCUGCGGGACGAGCUGGCCAACACUCAGCAGAAGCUCCAGAAGAGCGAGCAGUCUGUGGCUCAGCUGGAGGAAGAGAAGAAGCACCUGGAAUUCAUGAAUCAGCUGAAGAAGUACGACGACGACAUCUCCCCUUCGGAGGACAAAGACGCUGAUUCCACCAAGGAACCUUUGGAUGACCUCUUCCCAAAUGAUGAUGACGAACCCGGUCAAGGAAUCCAGCAGCAGCACAGCAGCGCCGCGGCGGCCGCGCAGCAGGGCGGCUACGAGAUCCCCGCGCGGCUACGCACCCUGCACAACCUGGUCAUCCAGUACGCCUCGCAGGGCCGCUACGAGGUGGCUGUGCCGCUCUGCAAGCAGGCCCUGGAGGACCUGGAGAAGACCUCGGGCCACGACCACCCCGACGUGGCCACCAUGCUGAACAUCCUGGCCUUGGUGUACAGAGACCAGAAUAAAUAUAAAGAUGCAGCUAACCUACUGAACGAUGCCUUGGCCAUCCGUGAGAAAACUCUGGGCAAAGAUCAUCCUGCGGUGGCAGCAACUCUGAACAACCUCGCAGUGCUCUAUGGCAAAAGAGGGAAGUACAAAGAAGCCGAGCCGCUGUGUAAGAGAGCCCUGGAGAUCAGAGAGAAGGUUUUGGGAAAGGACCACCCAGAUGUCGCCAAGCAGUUAAAUAACUUGGCUCUACUGUGCCAGAACCAGGGCAAGUACGAAGAAGUGGAAUAUUAUUAUCAGAGAGCCCUCGAGAUCUACCAGACAAAACUGGGUCCUGAUGACCCCAAUGUGGCCAAAACAAAAAAUAACCUGGCUUCCUGCUACCUGAAGCAAGGAAAAUUCAAGCAAGCAGAAACCCUGUACAAAGAGAUCCUCACUCGCGCACACGAAAGGGAGUUUGGUUCAGUGGAUGAUGAAAAUAAACCCAUUUGGAUGCAUGCUGAGGAGAGAGAAGAAUGCAAAGGAAAGCAGAAGGAUGGGACGUCUUUUGGAGAGUACGGUGGCUGGUACAAGGCCUGCAAAGUUGACAGUCCAACUGUCACCACGACUUUAAAAAACCUCGGGGCACUUUACAGACGUCAAGGUAAAUUUGAAGCUGCGGAAACACUGGAAGAAGCAGCCAUGAGGUCUCGUAAACAGGGCCUUGACAAUGUUCACAAGCAGAGAGUGGCGGAAGUGCUGAGUGACGCCGAGAGCGCGGAGAAGCGGCGGAGCCGGGAGGGCCUCGGCGCGGACGCGGUCAAGUACGAGAGCGGCCCUGACGGCGGCGAGGAAGUGAGUAUGAGCGUAGAGUGGAACGGGAUGAGAAAGAUGAAGCUCGGGCUGGUUAAAUGACUUGCUCAGCAUCGCAUGGCCUAGCCGCCCUGUGCGACACCCGCUGUCUCCUGCAUGACGGGCUCCUCCUCUCUCCAGUGCUGACCGCUGUCUAGCAUCCCUAGGACUCUCUCUCUGACUGGCCACUCCUUCUGGUGCUGCUGUCCUGUCGGGGGCUCCUUAUCUCUGUAUACAUGUAGCUUUGCCAGAUAUGUACUCAGUAAUAGAGACCGUGUUAAUAAACCACCCGCUGUGUAACGCGCGUUAGGUGACGACGCGCGAUUAGCCGUCCCCUUUGUGAGAGGUAGUGGUAGUCCCCGUGUCCCUGCCAUGGCAUGACGGUGCCCGUGACCCCCAGCUGUCAGAGCGGGGCGUGUGCUCUCCCGGCCGCCCUGGGCCCUGGGCCCUCCCCUCCGCAUCGUGCUCACGUAGAGCCUGCCGUGUGGUCUUCACGUGGAAUUUUGACGAUUCUGCUUUCCUCUGCUAAUCUUUAAGUGUUGAGUGAUUUGUGUACUUGUGUCUUUCUAACUUCUAAUAAACUCACCCCAACUGA